AUGUCUACAAAGCAUAGCAGCGAGAAGCUGGAAAGAUUCACCAGACCCCUUCCUAUUAAGGUUAUCCAAAUACCGCCAGUUUAUCCAGGAAAUCCAGUGUCUUGGGUUGUUGCAGCCUGUUCCUUCAUUUAUCAAGCAAUCACCCUUUGCAACAAGAAAAUUGACAUUCUGUACGAUGAGGAGGAGUGCUGCUUUAAAGUGACAAACUGCAAAGAUGCAAACUAUCUUUGGGAGUCCGGCUUUUAUGGCAAGGGCUCACUUUCACGUUCAGAGCCCACAUGGAUAGCACGAGCUGAAAAGCGUAUUUUGGGAGUUAAUGCAAAGGAGAUAACGGGUGAGGAGAUAGUGAAGUACAGAAGACAAUUGAGGGAAGCAUAUAAAAAAGAUAGAAACGAGUUUCUUUUGCGCGAGAGAAAUUAUAAGUUAUCUGGAGAUAAGGACAAACUAGCAGAGCUGGAAGUUGAACGUACAAAGUUGAGUGAGAGGCGUGAUUUGAUUAGUAGAGCUCGUCCUCCAUCAAGUUCUUUUAAUCAAAAUAAUCUUCGUGCGGAAGAUCGAGAGCUUAUGAUAGAUGGUCACACAGUUCGAAAUAUCGAGUAUUUGCAGCUCACCCACUGUGAGUCUCUCUUUCUCAGUUAUAUAGGUGCUGCGAGAGUGACUGCUGGCAAGGGUGAUGAAGUCAAGGUGCUUUCAACAAUCAGGCUUUUGAAAGAGCAGACUUUACAGUUUGGUAACGCUUCUCCACAGAAUGAUUUUUUGAUUCAAUUUGUCGUUUACAUGCAUUACAAGUCUUUGGGAUGGUGUGUGAAGAGCGGCCUCAAAUUCUCUUCGGAUUACGUUUUAUAUCAGAGGGGCCCACCUUUCCAUCAUGCCGCUUUUGCCGUUACCGUUAUGAAUAACACUUCGAAGCAAAGAUUGAAAAAUUGGACGCAUUUCGGAUCUAUUUUUCGUGUUGUGUCUGCUGUCAAGAAAACAAUGAUUCUUUGCUAUGUUGAUUCACCUUCCAAGGAGAUGUUCGAACAGGUUUGGAACUCUUUGGAUGGACGCGAUCCCGAGGGCUUGAUCCGAUUGCUAAACUUGUACACGAUCCAGGAGAUUGUUUACAAGAGAUGGACGCCAAGUCGUACGAGAGUGUAG